AUGUAUUUCAUCCGAUCUAUUACUCUGCUCUCUAUUGUCGCCUUGACGAGCGUUGUUCAAGGAAGGUCCCUCAAUAUUACCAAUGGCGACGACUCUUGGUGCCCCGGCGUCUAUGUUGCAAACGAUACGGACGCUUACUGCUGUGUAAGCGGCAAGCUCCAACUUAGCGUCUGCGCCGGCUGGCCCCUUUGCACCGGCUCUACAACCAUCGACCCAAAGACUUCGACCCUGAGCUGCGCGACGACCGUACCUGUAACUGCCAGCGACUAUAAAGAGGCUAUUUCCAGGGCUAGCGCCAGUUACUACAAUACCAAACAUAGUAAUAGUCCCGCCAUUGCUACUAAAACGCAAGCAGCUGCAACUACAAGCACUGCUACUGGUGGUGCUGGCAGGCUUGCUGCAACCUUGCUUCCGGCAUGCGGAGGACUCCUUGCGAUUGCAGCUAUGGGCAACUAG